GCUGGAUAUUCACAGUAAGGUGCUCUUGACGAAAAAUCAAUACGAUAAUCCAGCAUGGCCGACGACGCAAAGCCCCACAGUAAAAAAUCCCGCCUCAUCCUUUCCAUCAAUGCCGGGAGCAGCAGCGUAAAGCUCUCGCUAUACUCAGCGACGUUCGGCAGUGAGCCGGCUCCGCUGGUAUCCUCUUCCAUAUCGGGGCUUACAUCUCCACCGGCGGUGUUCUCCUAUACCCACGUCUCGUCACCAGAUUCGCCCUCGAACAUCAAGAAGCAAGAGCUGAAGGAUAUCACCUCGCAAGAUGCAGCGCUGCAGCACUUCCUCGAGCACAUGGCGGCCGACGGGGCGCUGAAGGAGCUCGAGAGCGGGAGCGAUAUCGACCUCGUGUGCCAUCGCAUCGUCCACGGCGGGGAUUUCGACAAAGCCAUGGUGCUGAGCAAAGAGACGAUCCGGGAGAUUGAAGAUCUGACCGAGCUUGCGCCUCUCCACAACGCCCCCGCCCUCGCCCUCGUCCACAUCGCCAUCUCACAACUCCCGCAUGCAAAGAACAUCGCCUACUUCGACACGACCUUCCACUCGACGCUCUCGCCGGCAGUGCGCAGCUACAUGGUCGCGCCCAAGAACCCAAAGGUGCGCAAAUACGGUUUCCACGGGAUCAGCUACUCCUUCAUCCUGCACUCGGUAGCCGAGUACCUCGACCAGCCCAUCGAGGAGACGUCACUGAUCGCCCUCCACCUCGGCUCUGGCGUGAGUGCGUGCGCGAUCAAGAACGGCGCUAGCAUCGACACCUCGAUGGGGCUGACACCGGCGGAGGGCCUGCCCGGCGCGACACGCAGCGGGACCGUAGAUCCAACGCUGGUCUUCCACACGACGUCGUCGGCGUCGUCGCUAUCGCGCGCGAGCACGAGGGAUAUGCAUAUCACCAAGGCGGAAGACGUGCUGAACAAUCACUCGGGGUGGGCCUCGCUCGCGGGCACGACGGAUUUUUCAGAGAUAGUUGCUGGGUGGGAGAAGGGCGGUGAGAAGGAGACGUUGGCGUUCGAGAUCGUCGUGGAUAGGAUAGUGGGAUAUGUUGGUAGCUACUGGACGAAGCUGGGAGGCGAGUGUAAUGCCCUGGUCUUCUCUGGGGGGAUAGGUGAGAAGAGCUGGCAGCUGCGUAGGGAGGUCGCCGCGAGGUGCGCUUGUCUCGGGUUCAGGAUCGAGGAGAGGAGGAAUAAGAGUGCGGAGGACAGGGAGGGGACGGUUGUGGGCAUUGGAGGGGAGAGAAUGGCGGAUGAGGGCGGGAAGGUUCUGGUCUGUAGGACGGAUGAGGAGGGGUGGAUGGCCAUGGAGUGUGCGAUGGAUGAGAGGUUUUGGUAGAUGUCCUGUGUAUACGUCUGGGAGACUUUAAGACCUCGAUCCCGCUCAUACAGAGAAAUCCCGGAGAUCGAAUCAAAGAGCUUUCCGUACAC